AUGAAUGACGACUUUGACGAUUUCGUCGGCUCGUCUGCCGGCCAGCAAAGGAGUGCUCGACAACCCGUCCAACACGAUCCCUUCGCCGACUUCGACCACUCUCAAGAUCCCUUUGGCGUCAAUCACAGCUCGCAUGCAUCUGCCUCUGGUCCGUCGCAUGUACUUGUCGAUGCAGACGAUGCCGACCUGAUGGGCGACGACUUCGACGAUUACGCGGGUGCUCACAGCGCCCCAGCUUCAUCUCGCAACCAGCCAUAUCCGCCCACCUCUUCCACGCGCUACGCUACCGACCCAUUCGCGUCCACCGCUUCCUUCGACCACCAUGAUACUGCCAUGGGUCUCGACGCUCCCAGGCCCAACUUUGGCUCCCACAACCAAGGCAGCAUGGAGUCCGGUCUGCCAUUGGCCGCCAGCGCACAGGCUCCCGCAGGCUACCAGCAGAGAGGCUACUCGAAUGAUGGUCCAUUCGCUGAUACCUACGCAGCAAAGGGUGGCUUCAAGAGCAUAGAAGCCGACGAUGAGCUUUCACCUAUGGAUGACACCAAGUACCUGCCCUAUGCUGGUUCAUCUGGUACGGCAUCCGCUGGCGCUUCCGGUUACGGACAGUCAGGGUCCCGGGGAGCAGGUCUCACCCCGGGAUCCAGGCGCAAGCCACCACGCGACGGUCUCAUGGACAGUCUCAAAAGGAGCAUGAGGGCCGCUAAAGCUGAGGCCAGCACUGUGCUCCGUCGUCGCAGACAGCAGGAAAAGCGUUCAGGCGAUCGCAUCAUCCAACUCAACGACCCGCUCGCCAACGACAAGAGCGACUUCUUGGACAACUACGUCAGCACCUCCAAGUACAACAUCCUCACAUUUGUCCCCAAGUUCCUCGUCGAACAGUUCAGCAAGUACGCCAACGUCUUCUUCCUCUUCACCGCUUGCAUUCAGCAGAUCCCGGGCGUGUCGCCGACAAAUCGAUACACCACCAUCGUGCCGCUGGCGCUCGUACUGCUCGCUUCCGCUUUCAAAGAGAUCAAGGAGGACAUCAAGAGGCAUCAGUCCGAUUCAGAGCUCAACGCGCGAAUCAGCCACGUCCUCGAAGCUGGCACCGGCUCCUUUGAGCCACGGAGAUGGCGUCACAUCCGUGUUGGCGACAUCAUUCGUGUCGAGAACAACGAGUUCUUCCCCGCCGAUCUUGUUCUCAUCUCCAGUUCUGAGCCAGAAGGCCUCUGCUACAUCGAAACGGCAAAUCUCGACGGAGAAACCAAUCUCAAGAUCAAGCAGGCUUCGCCUGACACGGCCAAGCUCACUUCGUCCGGUGCAGCUUCGACACUUCGGGGUAACCUCACCUCGGAACAGCCCAACAACAGCCUAUACACCUUUGAUGCCACACUCAAUAUCCAGCUCAGCUCGACACCCGGCUUCAGCGGAACACCGAUGCGCAAGGCUCCUCUCAGUCCAGAGCAGCUGUUGCUCAGAGGCGCACAGCUGCGCAACACGCCAUGGGUGUAUGGUAUCGUCGUUUUCACUGGUCACGAAACCAAGCUCAUGCGAAACGCCACCGCUACACCCAUCAAACGCACCGCUGUCGAGAAGCAGGUCAACGUGCUCAUCUUGUACCUCUUCAUCCUACUCCUCGCGUUGUCCAUCGCUUCUUCCAUCGGCGCCAUCGUCCGCAACACGGCCUUUGCUUCCGAGAUGAAGUAUCUCUUGCUGGCCGAGGAGGGCAAGAGCAGAGCAACGCAGUUCAUCGAGGACAUUCUCACCUUCGUCAUCGCGUACAACAACUUGAUCCCCAUCUCGCUCAUCGUCACUGUCGAAGUCGUCAAGUACCAGCAGGCUAUGCUCAUCAACUCGGACCUCGACAUGUACUAUGCGCCCACCGACACGCCGGCGCUCUGCCGCACUAGCAGUCUGGUAGAGGAGCUCGGCCAGAUCGACUACAUCUUCUCGGACAAGACGGGCACGCUGACCAGGAACGAGAUGGAGUUCAAAAUGGCGAGUAUCGGCGGCAUCUCAUUCACCGAUGUCAUUGACGAGAGCAAGCAGGGCACAGGCGAGAUCGGUCCUGACGGCAGAGAGAUUGGCGGGCAGAGGACAUGGCACGAAUUGAAAGCCAUCAUGGAUGGACGCACCCCCGAUGAUGGCAGCAGCGCUGUGAUCGAUGAGUUCCUCACGUUGCUUGCUGUCUGCCACACGGUCAUCCCGGAGCGCAAGGGCGACAAGGUCAUCUUCCAAGCCUCGAGUCCGGACGAAGCUGCGCUCGUCGCCGGAGCCGAAUCGCUCGGCUACCAGUUUACCAUCCGCAAACCUCGCUCGGUCUUUGUCAACAUCCGUGGCACCCAGCAAGAGUGGGAGAUUCUCAACGUGUGCGAGUUCAACUCGACAAGAAAGCGCAUGUCCACCGUCGUCCGAUGCCCUGAUGGCAAGAUCAAGAUCUACUGUAAGGGUGCCGACACAGUCAUUCUGGCUCGUCUGAGCGAAAACCAGCCUUUCACGGACCAGACCAUGAUCCACCUCGAAGACUACGCAACGGAAGGUCUGCGCACCCUGUGCAUCGCCAUGCGCGAGGUCAGCGAGCAAGAGUACCGACAAUGGUCCAAGAUCUAUGACCAAGCUGCUGCGACCAUUCAGGGUCGAGGCGAGGCGCUGGACAAAGCGGCCGAGAUGAUCGAGCAGAACCUGUUCCUGCUUGGUGCGACGGCCAUCGAAGACAAGCUGCAGGACGGCGUGCCAGACACCAUCCACACGCUGCAAUCGGCAGGCAUCAAGAUCUGGGUGCUGACGGGCGACAGGCAGGAGACGGCGAUCAAUAUCGGCUUGUCAUGCAGGCUGAUCAGCGAGUCCAUGAAUCUGGUCAUCAUCAACGAGGAGAACCUGCACGAUACCGGUGAGGUGCUCAACAAGAGACUGCAAGCCAUCAAGAACCAGCGCAACACGGCGGGCGUGGAACAAGAGGAGAUGGCGCUCGUCAUUGACGGCAAGUCGCUCAGCUUUGCCCUCGAGAAAGAACUCUCCAAAGUGUUCUUGGAGCUGGCAGUGUCGUGCAAAGCCGUCAUUUGCUGUCGAGUAUCGCCGCUGCAGAAGGCGCUGGUGGUGAAGCUAGUCAAGAAGAACAUGUCCUCGCUGCUGCUUGCCAUCGGAGACGGUGCCAACGAUGUCAGCAUGAUUCAGGCCGCCCACGUUGGUGUCGGCAUCAGCGGUGUCGAAGGCCUCCAGGCCGCUCGAUCCGCCGACGUGGCCAUCUCGCAAUUCCGCUACCUGCGCAAGCUGCUGCUCGUCCACGGAAGCUGGUCGUACGCUCGAUUGAGCAAGAUGAUCCUGUACAGCUUCUACAAGAACAUCACGCUGUACAUGACACUCUUCUGGUACUCGUUCCAGAACUCCUUCUCCGGUCAAGUCGCGUUCGAAUCGUGGACGCUGUCGUUCUACAACGUCAUCUUCACCGUGCUCCCACCACUGGUGAUCGGCGUCUUCGAUCAGUUCCUGUCGGCGCGAAUGCUGGAUCGAUACCCGCAGCUGUACGGCCAGGUGUACUUUGACAAGAAGCGAUUCUGGGGGUGGACGGCCAACGCGUUCUUCCACAGUCUGAUCGCGUACCUCUUCACGACGAUCAUCUUUUGGGGGUCGCCGCAGCUGUCGUACGGCUAUGCGAGCUACGCGUGGAUCUGGGGCACGACGCUGUUCAUGGUGGUGCUGGUGACGGUGCUCGGCAAGGCGGCGCUCAUCUCGGACGUAUGGACCAAGUACACCUUUGCGGCCAUUCCAGGAUCGCUCGUGUUCACCAUCGGCUUCAUUGUCGUCUACGCGCUGAUCGCGCCGCGACUCGGCUUCUCGAAAGAGUACGACGGCAUCGUCCCUCGACUGUACGGACUAAGCGACUUCUGGUUCGCCAUGCUCGUCAUCCCGCCCAUCUGCCUCGCGCGCGACUUCUGCUGGAAGUACUGGAAACGCACCUACCGCCCCGAGAGCUACCACAUCGUCCAGGAGGUGCAGAAGUACAAUCUGCAGGACUACAGGCCGAGGAUGGACCAGUUCCAGAAGGCGAUUCGCAAGGUGAGGGCGGUGCAGAGGAUGAGGAGGACAAGAGGGUUUGCGUUCAGUCAGACGGAGGGGAGCGCCGAUCUGAUCAGGAAGUACGAUACCACGAUUGCCAAGGCGAGUGGACAGUAG